AUGGGUCUUGGCUUUAGUUGCCUUGGUUUUAGUGCAGGAUCUUGGAUAGUUUCUACUGCGAUUUCUUGUUUUUCUGCUGCAGCUUGUAAUUUAGCUUGCAAAUCAUGUAAUUGUAAUAACUCGAUAGCUACAAGAGUUGGUUAUGCCCUUGCAUGGCUAAUGUUAUCAGAUUGGGCAAUUAAACAAUUAGAAAAAAUAACACAUCUGCAUUUAAAUUGUCCUGAGGAAACUUGUUAUGGUGUUCUUGCUGUACAUCGUAUAUGUUUUGCGCUUUCACUUUUCCAUUUAAUUCUAGGGUUAUUGGUAUUUAAAGUUAAUAGCACUCGUGAUAAAAGAUCUUCUAUUCAGAAUGGUACAAUUUUAUCUAUUCAUCCUGUAAUCCAAGAAGAAAAUUCUCGAUCAGGUCUUUCACAAGCAUCAAUGGUGGCUUUUUAUUGUACAUACCUUAUUUUAAUUUGUAAUCCUUUAUUAGAUACUGCAAAUGGAACCAGAGUCACCACUGUGGUUAUUGGAGCUUUGUUCACUUUUAUGGCAAUUGCUUAUUCUACAUCGAGGGCAGCUACACAAGAUAUUACUUCCGGAACACGAUCUGGUUCACUAUUGGCUGCUGUUGAAAAUGGGAAUACUAUUCAAAUUACCGGAUCAGACGAAUUGGUUAUAAUUGGCAGAAGCCUUAUAUCUGUUUGGGUCAAAGUUGUUUGUAGUUGGAUUUGUUUGUUGUUAUAUUUUUGGUCACUUCUUGCGCCAGUUUUAUUACCCGAAAGAUUUGAG